GAAGGCACGGGGCCGAGGGUGGGGAGGGGUGCUCCCAGGAGCUCGUCUCGCGGUCGGGUGAGACUGCCAAGUUCUCCGAAAGAGGCCAAGACUGGAGCACCCCUAGUGCUACGGAAGCGGGAAUUGAGAGGGGUGCUUCCGGGAUUAGGACAGCCGGAUAGUUUCUUCAAAGUAGGGGGGUUUUCGGGAAAGGGAAACACAUGAGUAAUAGCACGGAGUCAGGCGAGCGGCAUGGAUUGCUGGGGAGAGCUUAGUAGGUCGAGAUUCGACAGAUCCUGCAGACUCAUUGAGCAUCUACUAUGUGUAGGCACGAUUCUGGCUUCUGGAGAUACAGUAGUGAAUAAUGCAGACACAUCUAACAUGUCAUUUGAGGAGCUGUUGGAAUUGCAGAGCCAAGUGGGGAUUAAGACAUACAAACAAUUGGUAGCUGGAAACAGCAAUAAGAAGCAAGAUUCUAGACCGCCAGUCCAAAAUGCAUUUGUUGCAGAUAAGCACAGGCCUCUGGAAAUGUCAGCCAAGGCCCGAGUGCCAUUUUUACGUCAGGUUGUCCCCAUCAGUAAAAAGGUGGCCCGGGACCCCCGCUUUGAUGAUCUGUCAGGGGAAUAUAAUCCUGAAGUGUUUGACAAAACGUAUCAAUUCUUGAAUGACAUCCGAGCCAAAGAGAAGGAGCUUGUGAAAAAACAGUUGAAGAAGCACCGUUCAGGGGAGGAGCAUGAGAAACUGCAGCAGCUGCUUCAGCGAAUGGAGCAGCAAGAAAUGGCACAGCAAGAAAGAAAGCAGCAGCAGGAGCUGCGCCUGGCCCUGAAGCAGGAGCGGCGGGCUCAGGCCCAGCAGGGCCAUCGGCCAUACUUCUUGAAGAAAUCUGAGCAGCGCCAGUUGGCCCUAGCUGAGAAGUUCAAGGAGCUGAAACGCAGCAAGAAGCUAGAGAGCUUCUUGAGUCGAAAGAGGCGCCGAAAUGCAGGCAAGGACAGGAGACAUCUUCCUUUGAGCAAAGAGUAAUCUCCCUGUUCUGCCACCGCCCCAGGGAGACAUGGAUCUGUGGAAACAGAGUUGGGCUUGGCCCGUUCUCCUGGUUCUUUCUUGUUCAAGGGCAAGGAUCACAGUUGCCUUUGAACUAUGUUGGCUCAGAGAAGACUAGAGGGCUCUUGGCUGGACAGAAGGAGCAGUUCAGCCUUCUGCCGUGCCACAUUGCCUCUGCUUGGAUAUGGUUCAUCAUGUCCUCAUUUUCUUCACCCAUCUUGCGUUAAACGGAUGAUUCUGAUACAGAAGAAAAGGGGCCAGUGAAGGCCAUAGAGUCUGUUCAUGGCUCCCAGGGCUGGGACUUUAUGUAGGAGGCACUUCAUAAACAUUCUUUAUACUCAC